GCUUGUUAUGAUCAUAUGACCGACUGAUGUUCAACAUGGCUCGUCUGCUGCUCGUAUAUCUGUUUACGUUGACGGGAGUUUUCGCCGGGCGGUAUUUUAACGAGAAUGAGCCCUGCUACAGAAAACAGCCGAGGAGAAAUCUGCAAGGAAUCAAAACCGGCCCGCGUCCUUAUGAAAAUAUGAAUUUGCAAGAUCUUCCUAAAUCUUGGGACUGGAGGAACAUCAAAGGGGUCAACUACGUCAGCACAACACGCAACCAACAUAUACCCCAAUACUGCGGGUCAUGCUGGGCACAUGGUAGCACGAGUGCCCUUGCAGACCGUAUUAACAUCAAGCGAAAGGCAGCGUGGCCCUCAGCCUAUCUCUCUGUCCAGAACGUCAUUGACUGCGGGGACGCGGGUUCCUGCCAUGGCGGAGAUCAUUCCGGUGUGUGGGAAUAUGCUCACAAUAAAGGAGUCCCGGAUGAGACCUGCAAUAACUAUCAGGCCAAAGAUCAGGAAUGUGACCCCUUCAAUCAAUGUGGAACCUGCACAACAUUUGACGUGUGUCAUAUGGUAAAAAAUUUCACUCUCUGGAAAGUUGGAGACUAUGGCCAGGUCAGUGGGCGGGAUAAGAUGAAGGCUGAGAUCUAUUCUGGAGGACCCAUCAGUUGUGGGAUCAUGGCAACGGACAAGCUGGAUGCGUACACUGGUGGUGUAUAUUCAGAGUACAUGCAAGACCCUUUUAUAAACCACAUCAUAUCGGUGGCAGGUUGGGAUGUCGAUGAGAAUGGAGUGGAGUACUGGGUCGUUCGUAAUUCUUGGGGAGAACCCUGGGGAGAGAAAGGAUGGCUCAGAAUCGUCACCAGCGCAUACAAGGGAGGCAGUGGGAGCCAGUACAACCUCGCCGUCGAAGAGGACUGCAUGUAUGGAGACCCUACCUUACCAAAGAACUACCUGUAGGUUACUUGGAAAAGCUCUUAAUGGAGCAUACACAAAUUUAGAAUGAAAACCUACAUUUGCCAUAUUUCAGAAAUGAUAUGAAGGGCAAGAAUGAUUGGAGACUGCCUAAUAUCUGUUGCCGCACUAGGUAUUAAUAGGUUUUAAUGGAAAUCUCAGGAAUAUUUUAUCAGGACAGGUUUAUACUUUUAAUUUUUCUUUUGUGAGCCAGUUUUUUUUAAAUGAUUGUCAGCACUGCUCAAUGAAUGAAAAGGGAAAUGCACCCACCAUCCUUUAUAUACAACAGAACAAAGUUUUAAUGAAUUGAUGCAUUCAUAAAGAUUUUGGGGUUUGCUAAAGUAUCAGAACACAAUGUGUGCCAAUCUGAUGCCACGCUCAGAUGUAUUCAGAUCAGUCUGCCUUAGUUUUAAAACACUUAUAAUAAAAGCCUUAUGGUGUA